GGUUAUUCAACAGUUUCCCGCCGUUUUACAGUAAUCGUUCUGUUGCCUUUUCUCCACAUUUCUCAGAAUUUCGUACCUUCCAGAACACUUUCCAGAUUCUUUAUCGCCCCUUUUCUCGGAGGCAAUGUCGAUACUCGAAGAGGAGGAGAACAUCUCCAAGAAGUUAAAAGUUGUCCACGAGGAUAACGUCACGAAGAACGCGAUUAACACGCAGACAACCAAAUCGGAACGCUGUGCGAUAUGCAAACAGUACGUGGAGGAGGCGCCGUUGUACAACGGCCAUCCGAACAAUGCCUCAGAGGAGUACAUCGCCUUGACCGAUGAGCGGCUGAUGCUGUUUACCGGUGACGAGAUGGAUCUCGAUGAGAAGGACGAACGGCCUACGCACAAGAUCACCUACUUCAGCGUCUACGACAAGAACGGGCACUUGUGCCCCUUCGACGGCGGAUUGAUCGAGGCCAACAAGCUGCUCUACUUCUCCGGCUAUGUCAAACCGAUUUACGACGAGGACAGCACGACGAACAACGGAAUCCCAACGAAAGACAUGGGCCCGAUCAACGAGUGGUACAUUUCCGGGUUCGACGGCGGCGAGAAGGCUCUGGUCGGCUUUUCAACGGCGUACGCAGAGUACUACCUCAUGGAGGCGGCGCCCGAGUACGAGCCCAUUAUGAAAGUCGUACGCGUGAAGAUUAUCCUAUCGAAGUUGAUCAUCGAGUAUCUGCUGGACGAGGGUUGGAAGCAGCCGACGUACGAGGACCUGCUGCAGCGGCUACUGGCGAGCGGCGAUCCCGAUCUGUCCGAGGACGCGCUCCUGCAGCACGCCCAGUUCAUUUGCGAACGCGUCUCGAGCUUCGAUACGACCGCCGGCGAGGAAGACGAGCUGCUCAUUACCGCCCCGUGCAUGCGGUCGCUCGUGAAAAUGGCGGGGGUUACGUUUAGAGCUCGGAAGAAAGUUAGAAAAAUUGAAACAAAGGGUCUUAAGAAGAAGCAGACGGUUUGGAGCAAGGCGACGACCACGAACCUCGUCCGCGAGGUGUUCGAAGCCUUCUUCGUCGACCAAAUCGACCAGAAGGACAAGGGUCCGCGCCGGAAGCGCUGCGGCGUCUGCGAGGCGUGCCAAACGUCCGACUGCGGCACCUGCGCGCACUGUCGCAACAUGCUCAAGUUCGGCGGCACCGGACGCAGCAAGCAGGCGUGCCUGAUGCGGAGAUGCCCGAACAUGGCGAUCCAGGCGGCCGACGACGAUUCGGGCGACGACGAUCGGACGCUCGCGGCGUUAUUGAGCGUCGAGAGCAAGACGCCGCUUUCGAAGCGGAUCAUUUGCGAGGUCAGGUGGAUCGGUUCGGCGGCGGUCGAGUACAACAACCGAUUCUACUACAACUCGGCGCAGGUCGGCGAUAUCGUCGUCGAGCCGGACGACUGCGUGAUGCUCAACUCGGAGGAGCCGAAUCAGCCGCUACUAAUCGCUCGCGUCGGGUACAUGUGGCAGGAGGGGGACGAGACGUUGUUUCACGCGCAUCUCUUCUGUCGAGGCUCCGAUACCGUCUUGGGGGAGACUUCGGAUCCGCGCGAGCUCUUCGUCGUGGACGUAUGCGAAAAUUGCCCGUUGGGGAGUAUCGUGCGGAAAGCUAAGGUGGAAAAGCGAAAGUUGGCGAAUAACUGGGCGAUUUGCGGCGGCCUAGACAAACUUCCGCCUCGUCUCGAAGACGACGGGCGGACUUUCUUUUACAGUAAGCGAUACGACAGUGACUACAGCCGGUUUGUUGACUACUCCGAAGAGAAACCCGACGGUUCCCUGCCGUACACUCCCUGCGACGGUUGCAGGAGACGUACCCAAAAAAAGAAGCUCAACUCGAUUACGUACGCCAAUGGCGAGGUUCACUGGGGGGGAGAUGCCUACAGAGUCGGGAGCGGGGUGUUCCUGGAGCCGGAUACUUUCAUCUUCAAAUCCGACGUUACGGAUAUUGACGAUUCAUUUGCGCAGAAAGAAAACAGCGUCGACGAGGUGAUGUACCCGGAGUACUACCGUAAGCCGGCCGAAAACGGACGAGGAACCAACGCGGAGACGCCCGAUCCGUUCUGCAUCGGUCUCAUCGAGGAUAUCUCCGAGUUGAAAAACGCGGUCCAAAUUCGCGUGCGCAAAUUUUACCGCCCAGAGAACACUCAGGAGGGUCAUUUUCUGUCGUACCGAAAGGACCUGAAUCUCGUGUAUUGGUCGCAUGAAGAGAGGACCAUCAAUUUCAAUUUGGUCACCGGAAAGUGUUACCUCGCCUACGGACCGGCGCUGGACGUGCCCGUCGCCGAGUGGAGCGCCGCCGGACCGUACCGAUUUUAUUUUACCGAAAGUUACGACGCCAAAACGCAGAAGAUCGGCGACGUGCCGGCGCAGGCGACCCGUAUCGGUUCGCUGGGAAAAGGAAAGGGCAAGGGUAAGGGUAAAUCGAGCCAAGCCGAGCAAAAGCCCAAAGAUAUUCCGCCUCAAUGGGAAACGACCCGCAAAUUAAAGAGCAUGGACGUAUUCGCCGGAUGCGGGGGCCUCUCCGAAGGCUUGCACCAGGUCAAGAUUGCCGAAACGAAGUGGGCGAUCGAGAAGGAGCCGGCGGCGGCCCGGGCGUUCAAGUUGAACAACCCCGACGCCAUAGUCUACACCGAGGACUGCAACGAACUGCUACGGAUUGUUAUGUCGGAAAACGAAGACGAGGUGGACGGCAAGCGGUUGCCCAAAAAGGGCGACGUGGAGCUACUCGUGGGCGGUCCGCCGUGUCAGGGCUUUUCGGGGAUGAACCGCUUCAACGCCGGCCAGUAUUCCCUCUUCAAAAACUCGCUGAUUGUCUCCUACUUGAGCUUCUGCGAUUACUACCGGCCGGCAUACUUCAUUCUGGAGAACGUCCGGAAUUUCGUCUCGUUCAAGCGAAGCAUGGUGCUGAAGCUGACCUUACGUUGCCUACUGGCGAUCGGCUACCAGGUGACCUUCGGCGUCGUACAGGCCGGCCACUACGGAAUACCGCAAACGCGACGUCGGCUAAUUAUAAUGGCCGCCGCCCCGGGAUUCGUACUGCCCAGGUUUCCCGAACCGCAGCACGUCUUCAGCAAGAAGGGCUGUCAGCUGUCGGUCCCCGUCGAUAACUUCAAGUACCACACGGGGGUAAAGUGGACUGCGGCCGCCCCCUACCGGACGAUAACCGUACGCGACUCCAUGGCCGACUUGCCCGACAUCAAAAACGGCAGCAAUGUGAAGGAGAUGCCCUACGACACCGAGGCGAACUCGCACUUUCAGCGAAUGAUGCGCGCCGGAGACCCCAACGGAUUGGUCAGCGACCACAUUUGCAAGGAGAUGGCGCCCAUCGUCGAGGCGCGCAUGGCUCAGAUUCCGAUCUUCUCGGGGGCGGACUGGAGGGACCUGCCGAAUAUUCAGUUGAAGCUCAGCGACGGCACCUACACGAACAAGCUGAAGUACCCGUACAGAUCGAAGAAGCAGAAGAAGAACGAUCCGCCUCGAGGAGUCUGCGCCUGCGCCAGCACCGGCCCCUGCGACCCAACCGAUCGACAAAUCAACACCAUAAUACCCUGGUGCCUACCUCACACCGCCGACAGGCACAACAAUUGGUCGGGCUUGUACGGGCGACUGGAUUGGGACGGAUUUUUUAGCACCACAGUCACCAAUCCGGAGCCGAUGGGCAAACAGGGAAGAGUUUUGCAUCCGGAACAGCAUCGCGUCGUUAGCGUGAGGGAGUGCGCGCGUUCCCAAGGAUUUCCCGACCGGUACCAGUUUUACGGAAACAUUUUGGACAAACACAGACAAGUCGGAAACGCCGUACCUCCACCUUUGGGCGCGUCGAUCGGGCGCGAAAUUCAAAAGGCGUUAGCGGCAACCAUGAACAUUGAAGACUGACUUUUAAUUUUAGGACCUUAGAC